UCCCAGGCAGCAUUUAAUUGCAGAGUGCAAAGGCUUUAGUUGGACUAAUGAGCUCAGCACCGGAGCUGAGAGUCUUUCAUGCACUCUCUGAGAAAACAGACUACCACAUGGAGUCCUUUACCAGAGGAGCUUCAAAAAGCGGCUGGAUUUUAGGUGGUGGGGAAGGAAGGAAUUCUCAAAUCCAGGUACAGUCGACUAUGUGAGAGAAUAUACCAGAGGCAAGAGACGUAAGAGGUGGAGAAAGAGAGGAGAGGGGAGGGGAGGAGACGGGAAAUACACUGCCAGAGAGACAGAGAGAGGGAGAGACUGGGCGCCUGCAGCAGCAAAUGAGACAGAACAACGAGGCGGGAGAGGUAGAAAGAGAGACAGAGAGGGAGGGAGGUAGAGAGGGGCCCCAUGUAGGAGAGAGGGCUACAGGGUGAGGAAGAAGAAGGAGCGAGAAAAAGUUGGAAGAAGUAAGAGAAAGAGGGUCUAAGAAAAGUACGCGCAACAUGAUUAAAAGCUACAGUAGAAAAGAAGCGAAACAACAGACAGGAAGGAAGGGGAGGUUUCGGGUAGAGUGUAAAAAAAGAGCUGGAGAAAAGUUUUACUGUGGGAAGACGCAGAUGAGAAAAACAGAGCGAGUGAAUGACCGGGCUGAAGAAAGGUUGGAGGGGAGGAAACCAUUUGUUUACUGAGGCGUUUUCGACACAAGUCUCUGGGCUUCUUUGGACAUGUACACAGAAGGCUCACAAACAAUAGGACACCAUCGAUUUCUUCAACACAGCAACACCUCCAACCCCUGUUCCUGCCAGCACUGCAUCUACUACGAUCAGUCAUCCGGCUAUCACCAUGGGUCCGGAUACCAACCAGCAUCAGUCAGACAGAAGGACCACUCAUCGCUGGACUGCAGGAGAGACUUCCAGGCUCCUUGGGCUAAAGAUGUAGGAGGCAGAACUUUCCUAGUGGAUAGAGCUGAGAGAAGCGGUCAUCACAGCCCACACAGGAGGCCUGUGUUUGCAGGGCCGGGCUCUUACUGCCAGUCAAAUGAUUUGAGCCAAGUCUGCCCCUGGGAACUGAACCCUGCCCAGUGGAACUACCCACCAGAGCCUGGGGUGAGACACUAUUCAUCUGUGAGAGAACAGUGUGGCUGUGUGGUGCAUAGCGAGACCAGGGCACACCCCUUCCAUUCUGGAAUACCACACCCUCUCCCUCAUCUUCAGGUCAAAGGUCAGGCGUACACACGCAGGAGGACUGUCAGGUAUAUUUCUGUGGAUGAGGAGGAAGGCUGCGGAUGUACUUUUGAGAACUAUAAUUUGGAGCCACAUAGCCCCCAGUUGGGUAAUUUGUCCAAGCGAAAUGGCCACUGUGGACCAAGGGCUGUGUUCUUUGAGGGAGGGGAGGAAAGAGAUAGCCAUCAAGAUCGGGUCAGACUGAAGGGUGGAUCAGAGGAGGGUUCUAAUGGUUGCAGUGGCCCUCAAAAAGGCUUCUUCUCCACUGAAGUUCCACAAAAGCACUUGAGCCAAAGCAGACGGAAGGGGUCUUGCGUCCCUCCCUCCAGCAUCACCUGUUCUGAAACCUCCAAAGUGACAAUAAACAAUGAACACCAGCGCCAGAGUUCGGAGGUGACGAAGCAGAGAAAAAGACAAGACUCAGUGAGGGAUCAAAUCCGGCAAGUGGUGACAGAUCUGGAGGACGUGUUGGGGGGUUUGAAGCAAGUACACGUUGAGAUGAAAGAGGUGGUUGAGCAGAUUGAUCGUCUCACAGCCAACAUCGAUCUUAAUGAGGAGGCUUGCAUCACUCAGGGGCCAUCCAAUAACCUUCAUGACUCAACUCAUUCAGGAGAUUUCAGGGUAACCCAGCUGCCGAAACACAAGCCUGUUUCCGUUCAGACAUUACAGCAUAUUGAUGAAGACAGAGUCAUUCUCAGAACUAACUCUCCCUCCCCUGUCCACAUGGCUUCAGUUGUCAAAACUAGCCGCUUCACGCCACCCAAUCUCCAUAAAGAUGCCAAACCCCAAAAGCCAGGUGUGAAUGGCCACCUGCCUCAUCUGUGUUCCACAAGAGACUCCAACCACACCAGUAAAACAUACCCAGAACACAAACUACAAACCUUAGACCCUAAAGUCAUCAUAGCAAACAGCACCACCAAUCCGAGAACUCAAAAACCUCCACCUUACCCCCAAAAUGGCCGGUGUGGGAAGGGACCAUACCCUCCGCCCAACUCUGUGAAGACCCCUGCCUACCCUGUGAGAGGACGCCAGAGCACCAGUAUGGUGUGAAGGAGGGGGUUGUUCUGCCUCAGUGCCAUAAGGGGCCUGAAACAUGAGGCCCUGCUGCAGUGAUCGGAGGUCAGAGAGGGACCAGGCAGGGGGGUGACUCACAGAUAUGAUGUUUCCAGCAGGAACUGAUGCCACUGAGACAAGUUGUCAGCUGGUGGAAACAGAGCACGGCCUGAAGGUGGGGAUAUUUCCAAAGGGAAAACUCCCCCUAAGAGUUGACCUGCCACUGUGUGUCACGUGAGCACAGAAGUGUGGAGGACUGACAGCCAAACCUUUCUCUGAAUUUAAAGCUGGGCUAUGUGGUUGCUAAUGAGAGGAACAAAUUGCAAGCUGUUAUGCAACAUCCACCAUCUGAAACAUAAAUGUGUAUUUUCAUGAUUAUUUAAGUUAUUUUUCCUAUUUUUCAUUCCAAAUGAUAUCUAUUUUUGGAGAGUUUACUGUCUAGAUAUUACAUUUGCAAUAUCAGAUUCCUUUUCCUCUUUGCUACACGGUUGUUUCAGGGUGUAGUGUGAGAAUAUAUAUAAAAAAAUUAUCUGUCAGGAAAGUUGCUCAGGCAGAGCAGAGACUGAAUUGCAAUACAUCAAACUCUCCAGCACUUUCUCACACAAAUCAAUCUGACAUCUUGGUUACAUAAUUCUAGAGAUGCUUCAUUGAUUGCUGAAUGUUCUGCAUUUGAAUUUAAAAUAAAGAAAUGACACCAGCAUUUU